UUUGCUGAUUUGAUCUGUUAAAGUGAUUAAAAAGAAAUAAAACUGUAAUAAAUCGUGUUCAAACACUUAAUAAUAAAAAAAAAAGGACAACAGAAGCGUUUGAAGUCUGAUUUAAUUUAAGCGACAAAUGUUUCUUUUCUAAAAGAAAAAAAAAGCCUGGCUCUCAGUUUACCCUCCAUCCUCCUCUCUCCUCCCUCUCCGCUCUUUUUCGUGGGGGGCUCCUUAUAAAUAAAUUAAAAAAAAAAAAAAAAAAUCCACCCCCCCUCCCACCGGUCCCUCUUCCUUAUUGGUCAGGUGGAGCCGUUACCUCACUCCGGGGCCGGUGACGCAACGUCUUCACGUAUCCUUCAUGAUGCGCGUCUCUUCUUGUUUCUUAGUUGAGAGUCUUGCCGGCGGCUCGGAGCGGAGGACGCUGCGGAGUGGCGGACGGACGGCGGGUGCGCUCGAUACUAAACACUUCCCAUCCCGGGAGGAGAGCGGCGCACAAGAGCAGCCUCCCUCUCUCUCUCUCUCUUUCUCUCUCUCUCUUUCUUCCUCUGUGUCUCUCUCUCUCUCUCUCUCUCUGGCUGCCUCGCUCACACACACGCACGCACGCACCCCCUUCGCGCGCACGCACGCCCCGCAUACGUCUCCACUUCGUCCGUAGUAAGGAAAAAAAAAAAAAAAAACGGCAUUGAUCUUAACGAGGCGAGCGCGGAUCCGUCUCUCGUGUUCGCCCUCUCCUUCUCCUUCUUCUUCUCCUUUUUCUUCUUCGACGGAGCGACUUGGAGGAGCUCGACAGGAGAAGUAACUCGUCUCACCCUGCGUGUCUGCGAGGACCCCUGGUCAUGUCCGUUUAGCUCCUCUGCGUGAUGCCUGAUCAUGACAGCACCGCCCUCCUAACCAGACAGACGAAGCGCCGACGUGUCGACAUCGGGGUGAAAAGGACUGUGGGUAGCGCGUUAUUCACCCGCGCCAGAGAGACCCUGCUCGACAGCAUGAACCAAUCGCACGGCAUCGAACAGGACGGAGACUGCUCGUUGGUCGGCCAUGGCCACGGGGGCGCCAACGGGGACGGAGAGAAGUCGAACGUUUUGAGGAAGCUGCUGAAGAGGGCCAACUCGUACGAAGACUCCAUCAUGCCGUUCCCCGGCGCGACCAUCAUCUCUCAGCUACUGAAGAACAACAUGGGGAAGAACGGAGGAAGUGACUCAGGCUUCCAGGGGAGUGGAGCUCUGUCCAGUGGUGGCUCAGAGAUCCAGGCCGAGGACGCCUGCAGCAACUCGUCUCGUGAUCGGGACAGCCCCUCCGACUGCCUCUCUCCCGGGCCUCCUCUUCCCCCUCCGCCUUCCUCCGGCUCCUUCGGGCGGCCGCCGCCUCCUUCGAGCCAUAACUCCCAUGCACCCCCUCAGCCCCUCUCCCUCUCCUCCUUCGACCUGGACAGGCUGUCCGACGAGCACCUUCGCGCCAAGCGCGCCCGCGUGGAGAACAUCAUCCGCGGCAUGAGUCACUCGCCGCUGGUCCGACCCAACCCCGGCGACCACAACCAAGAGAGCAACCGUGAGAACGAGAACAGCAGCAACAGCAGCAAUGACCACCGAGGAGACGGCAACAGCCACAACAUCAGCGGCCACGACCACAGGCGGAGCGACGGCCCGUCUUCCCUCCUGAGCUCGCCGGGUUCGCGGGGCGGCGCGGUCAGCGCUGGUGAGGUUUACAGGGAGAAUAAGAGAAAGCAGCGCCUGCCACAGCAGCAGCACAGCUUCACCCAGCUGGUGUGUUCGAGGCAGGAGCAGAGACAGGAAGAGAGGCGGCAGCUCAAGCUGCAGCUGGAGGACAUGCAGAAACAGCUGCGUCAGCUCCAGGAGAAGUUCUACCAGAUCUACGACUCGGAGACGGAGGAGGAGGAGGAGAACGGCGAGGGCGGAGAGGCCGAUCGACGGAGAGAACGAGAGGAGGACGGCAACUUGUCCGAGGACAGUAUCCGCUCCGACGGCCUGGAGGAGAGGCACAGAGACCGAGGCCGGAACAGCCACGACGACCUGUCCGAGCUGGACCCGGGUCUGUUCCUGGACCGGGCCCGAGCCCUCCUCCGAGAGCAGGCCCUGAUAGACGGAGACAUUGAGGAGGACGUGGACGGCCGGGAGGAGGAGGAAAGGAACGGAGAACGGGCGAUGAAGAGGAGAGGAGGAGCAGCAGGAGGAGGAAGGCAGCUGGCAGAGACGCUGAAGCAGGAGCUGAACUGUGCCGUGUCGCAGGUUGUCGACACCGUCGUCAAGGGCUUCUCCUCGCCCAAGCAGGCCGUCAGUCACCAUCAUGGCUGCCACAGCAGCACACCAGCUGCACCCUCCUCUUCCUCCAACUCAUCCUCCUCUUGUCCUCCACCUUUCGGUCCCCUCCCCUCCCUCACCCCGGACUCACGCUUUGGCGGUGGCGCCCUCGCCCUUAGUUUGAACGGCGACGGCAGCCCCACUCCGAACUACCACUCCUCCAACCAGAGGCUGCACUGCUUCGGCGAUGUAAUCGUCCCGAGCCCGCUGGAUUCAUUCGGCGGCUUGAGCGGCAGACUGAGCGGCGUGCCAACGCCCAACGACCAAACAGAGGCGCUGCCGCUGGUGGUGCGCAAGAACGGUGGAGGAGGUGGAGGAGAGAGUGCCAACCUCUCAUCCUCCCUUCCUCCUCCUCCUCACCAUCCCUCCCUCCACCCUUCUCCCCUCACGGCCUCACUCGGGUUUAGCCCUCCAUCGUUUCGCCACCCGUUCCCUCUGCCCCUCAUGGGUUACCCCUUUCAGAACCCCCUGGGGUCACACGGCGGGGGUGACGGCUACCCCCCAGGGCCCAAGGACCACCAUCGUUCCUCCCCAGAUUCCAUGGACAUGGCCCGGGAAACUGUCAGUCUCAGAACCAAAAUGGCAUCCCUCGGAGGAGGCCAUCUCAGUCACCACCACCACCACCACCACCACCACAGGCAGAGCUCGCCGAGUCAACACGGGCCAGAGGGUCUGUCCCUGUCCCUCAUCAAGUCCGAGUGUGGGGACCUGCAAGACAUGUCCGACAUAUCGCCGUACUCGGGCAGCACCAUUCAGGAGGGCUUGUCUCCGAACCACCUGAAGAAGGCCAAGCUGAUGUUCUUCUACACCCGCUACCCGUCCUCCAACAUGCUCAAAAUGUUCUUCGCUGACGUCAAGUUCAACCGCUGCAUCACCUCGCAGCUGAUCAAGUGGUUCAGCAACUUCCGGGAGUUCUACUACAUCCAGAUGGAGAAGUUCGCCCGGCAGGCCAUCAACGAGGGCGUGACCGGCGUGGAGGAGCUGGCGGUGGGCCGCGAGUCCGAGCUCUUCCGGGCACUCAACAUGCACUACAACAAGGCCAACGACUUCGAGGUUCCUGAUCGAUUUCUGGAGGUGGCCCAGGUGACCCUGCGCGAGUUCUUCAACGCCAUCGUGGCCGGAAAGGACGCAGACCCGUCCUGGAAGAAGGCGAUCUACAAGGUGAUCUGCAAACUGGACAGCGAGGUCCCCGAGGUGUUCAAAUCCCCCAACUGCCUACAAGAACUCCUCCACGACUGACUACAGCGAGGGAGGAAGCGCAGCGCAGCGAGGAAGACGAACCCUCCGAGGACCGUGAGAAGACUCUUAGACUAGGUUGCAGAGACUUGAAGUGAUUCGACUUCCGGAGAGGUUUUUUUUUUUUUUUUUUUUGGUGGUUGUUUUUUGGUCCAUCAAACAGAUGAAAAAUGACGUAACCGCCCUCGAAAACGUUUUGUAAAAGAAAACAAAGAUUUUCCUCUUCAGCGACGCCGACGCUCAAAUUAACAGAUUACGUCGAGACUUUUAUAGAUUAAAAACGGUGGAAAUUGAACAUUGC